GCGAGGCGGCGAGCAGCCAGCGCAGCUUGUGCGCAUGUUUUCAUGUCUGGAUGGUGUAACGGCGCAGGUCUUCAUCAUUGCAUGGGGUUCAUGUCCAGCUGGGAGAAGAGCGAAGGAUUUGCAAAAAUAAUAACUGGCCUUUGAGAUCGGAGACAACUCGACAAAUCAGCUGGCAUCAUGGGCAAAGUGCAGGGCGGGAUGAAAUGCGUGAAAUAUCUGCUGUUCGCCUUCAACUUCAUCUUCUGGCUGUCGGGGCUGCUGGUGCUGGCGGUGGGACUGUGGCUCAGGUUUGACCCGGAGACAGUGGAGCUCCUGAAAGACGACGGCGCCCCUAACACCUUCUUCAUAGCUGUGUACAUCCUCCUCGGUGCAGGAGGUCUGAUGAUGAUCGUCGGGUUCUUCGGUUGUUUCGGGGCCGUGCGUGAGUCGCAGUGUCUCCUCGCAUCGUUCUUCGCUUGCCUUCUGAUAAUCUUUGGAGCGGAGAUCACAGCCGGCGUGUUUGGAUUCCUAAACAAGGAACAGAUCGCUGAGGAAGUCCAGAAGUUCUACAGCAGCUCCAUCUCUGAUACCAGCAAUCCCAAUGGAACCAUAAUAGCAUCAAUUUACCACAAAACUCUGAACUGCUGUGGGAGCUCCACACCUGAAGUGACUAGCGUGUUGUGUGCAGAUGUUCCAGAGGACACCCAGGACUGUCUGGUGGCAAUAAGAGAUUUCGUCAAUGAAAAGCUACACAUCAUUGGAUACGUAGGGAUUGGAAUAGCAGGAGUGAUGAUCAUAGGAAUGAUCUUCAGUAUGGUGCUGUGUUGUGCCAUCAGGAACAGCAGGGAGGUUAUAUAGAUGUUGAGAUGGUCCCCUCCUCUCCAACCCCACCGACUGAGACCGCCACAUGCUCACUCAACCCUUCGUAAUCAACCCGUCCGCAUGAGAAGAGCACCAAAGUUCCAUUCCAACGCCACCUCCUGUAGUCCAGUUUGUGGUGGGGAGGUCCACCGAGAGACAACAAGAAACCCCACUCAGUCCCAGUUAUCUGCAGACCACGUUCAACACGAUAGGCUGGAUCGUCCACACCUCCUCCACUCCACCAGCACUGAAAUACUAAUUUGUUUCUCUGUUCGUCUCCGUAACACAUGCUCUGCUUCCAGCACAACCCUGUGACAUUCCUCGCUUUUGACGUCCUGAUGUUAGACCGCUGGUGCAGAGGCCACCGUCCUGAGACAUGGUCCAUGAAGCCUUCUUCGACACAGGAAUGUUGCGACUGAGGAGUAUUGCUGUAAAUAUGGACACCUGUUUUAUACAUCUGCUGUUAACAAUAUUUAUUCUAGCCCCUCUAGGCCUAAUGCCAAUCAUACCUUGUGUGCUUCCGUGUUUUGAGGACAAGCCUACCUUUGCAGAGUACAUUUCCAUUAUGUGCCUAUUUAGUCACACAGUCAAGCCUCCAACUUCUGUACUAUCUGCCUACUUCUUGUGAUCUCAAUAUGUACGUUAUGACUGCGCUCCCUGCCACCUCACUCAAGUAUUUCUACUGUAAAGCACAAUAGAGAAAGUGUAGACAUGAUAUCAACCCAAAGGGUUAGGAAGGUCUUAUGAUAAACUGCCCCCCUGUAAAUCUCCAAGUUAUAAGUGAGUUGCGUAACGUUUUGUGCUGAGCUCUUCUGGAGUGUGUUUGAACUGUAACAGUAAGCGAGUUUGCAUUCUUUUUUUGGCCGUGGUUUUAUUGUGGAUGUAAAUUUUGUUGGUGUGCCAAUAAGAUGUGAAUUAUAGAAUAAUAUAGUUUAUGUCAAACUGUUAACCAUAAUAAAAACAUCGGGUGCUUUUA